AUGCCGCCUUUCAAAGAUGAGCACAUUUUGAUAAUUGCGCCAGGCUCGCAGGUGACCCUGGCGCAACUGGGUCUUCCCGAAUCAUUCACACCCGCUCGCUAUCGCUUCCCCACGCGGAUGUUCCCUGCCGCAAAGAAGGGCGAAUUUGAACCAUAUAAGAUCCGUGAGAGGCGGCAGGAAGGGAAACCUAGCAAUGGGACGGACGCGCCCAAGGAGGAUGUGGAGAUGAAAGAUGCGGAACCCUCCGCUCCAGAAGGCACAGGCAACAACGAGGCCACCCCCAAGCCCGAGAAUGGAGAGCAAGAGGGCAAGAAAGAGCCAACAGAGGGCCAGGAAACCAACGGAGAGACGAAAAAGGAAGCCCAGGAGAUCUUCUAUGAGGAGGAUGUUACAUCGGAUGAGGGAGCUAUCUACCCUCUCGAGAAUGGGCACAUUGUCGACUGGCCGUGUUUCUUUGCCCUCCUGACACAUGUUCACAAUACUCUCAGCCCUCCAUUUCACACGCCGAUCAUGCUUAUCUCCCAACCGGCUUGGUCAGCGCGCGACCGAGAGGCAAUCACGCAGUUUGUGUUUGAGAAGUUCAAGACGCCGGCCUUCUGCAUGAUGGAUUCUGCUCUCGCCAUCUGCUAUGGAUACGGCACCUCGACAGCGGCGGUUGUCGAUGUUGGCAAAGGGAAGGUGGACGUCACUGCCGUCACUGAUUUCCUGGUUAAUGAACAUGGACGAGGGAUUGCCCUGCACGGUUGCGGUGGAGAUUACAUGACGGACAGACUUCAAGAACUGCUAGGGUCAAAGGGCUUCUCAAGAGAAAUGUGCGAGCAGUUGAAGAGGAGUAACAUUACCGAGAUUCUACCCGCUGGAACGCCCUUGCCCGGCACCGCAGCCACCGCACGACAGAACCCCAACCCUGCCGCGUCAGCUUCUACGGGAGGACAAGAGGGAGGCCCCAGUGAUGCCGUUCCCCGCGGCCCUGGUGAAGGCACUCAAACUGGCCCGGAAGGCACCAACGGAGAAGAUGAGGAUGAGGGCGUGCUGGAUGUUGCAGCUAUUGUUAGCGGCAACACCAGCGAGUUCCUAGCAAACCGAGAGAAAGAGAAGGCGGAGAAAUCCAGUUCGAAAAAGGGCUCGAUUGACCAAGGUGGGAAGCCUAUUCGUCUUCCCAACUCCAAGAAAGAGAAGGCGUCGUUCCAAUACGAGGAGUACGCCCGUUUGGAGCCGGAAAAAGAUGCACCCAACGCUCCUCCACGAUACAUCCGCCAGACAAGAGAGAUCGAAGUUGGUGUUGAGCGUUUCUUGUCUGCGACUCCGAAGCAAAAAGCCGGGGAGCGUUUGACCAGCAAUAUUCUUGAAGAUAUUGCAACGCAAAUCCACCAUACUAUCCUUGCUGUGCCCGAUGCCAGCAAGCGCAGCGAACUUUGGGAUUCGUUGGUCGUUGUUGGUAACGGUAGUAAGAUUAAAGGAUUCACCCAAGCUCUGCUUAACACGAUCACACAAAAGUUCGUUCUCUCGCCAUCUGCCACCAUUUUCACUUCUGAGCUCCCUUCCAAUUUCUCCACCCCUAUGCCGACCGGAGGAACCAACACUCCUGCACCUGGUCAAACUGGACCGUACAAUACUCCUGGCCACAGCGUGAACCCCUUGCUUGUUGCUGCAACACAUUCGAACAACCCGGCGGCUGGAAACAUGGCCCCAGGGACCCCAUCAAUGGAUCCUUCUAUGGCUUCCCACUAUCGCUCUACCGGCCAUUCUCAGACCCCAACCUCUGUCAAGACCCUGAAAGCCCCAGACGGGUCUGCAGGAAUGAACAACGGUCCCAACGCUGGGCCCGGUGGCCCAGGUGCGCCCAGUGGCGGUCAUGGCAUGGAGGAAGCAGUAUUUCUAGGAGCCCAAGUCGCUUCUAAGGUUGUUUUCGUUAUUGAUCAAGGGCUCAGUAAGGGAUUCAUGACCCGUGUCGAGUAUAAUGAGAAUGGGCCCUCUGCAAUCCAUGAAUAUUCCAUGUGA